AAUCACAAUAUAAAAACGAGACGAAAAGAGAGAUUCAAAUAUUCAAUACAUGCCCUAUUCACCUAUUGGAUGUUCUUCACUCUUCGCACGGUUAAUAAAACCCCAACCAUCCUUUUCACACUCAAAUUCUUCCCUCUCUUUUAAACAAAUCAUUUUCUUUUCCAAUUCUACCUGAAAUUCACUCUCUGUUCUAUCUCUGUUUCUUAUUCUUCUCUGUUUUUCUUGUCUUUUUGGUGCUGUUAUGAGGACACUUUGCCCUAAUUUCGAUAAAGAAGAUGGACUUGAUACUGUUCUUGAAGUCCCAAUUCCUGAUGAAAUGUUUCCUUCUUCUAAAAAUAAAUGGCCUAAUAUGAUUUCUUGGAUGAAAACUAACCCUGCAAGAGUUUCUAAUAGUUUACCUUUUGCUGAUAGAAAUUCUCAGAUUCAACUUCUUCUUGGUGUUAUUGGUGCUCCUUUGAUCCCUCUUCAGAUUCCUUCUGAUCAUAAAGUUAGCAAAUGUAUUAAAGAUCACCCAAUUGAAUCUUCAAUGGCAAAAUACAUAGUUCAUCAGUACAUUGCUGCAAUGGGAGGUGAACACGCUUUAAAUUCAAUUGACAGUAUGUAUGCAAUGGGAAAAGUGAGGAUGAUGGCAUCAGAGUUUAGUAGUGGUGAAGGGUUAUCUGUAAAUAAUCCUAUAGGAGAUAAUGUUAAGGUUGUUAAAGCUAAAGGUAUGAAGAAUGGUGGUGAAGUGGGUGGAUUUGUUUUGUGGCAAAAGAAGCCAGAUUUGUGGUCUUUGGAACUUGUUGUUUCUGGUACUAAGAUUAGUGCUGGAAGUGAUGGGAAAAUUGCUUGGAGGCAGACACCUUGGCACAACUCUCACGCCUCCCGAGGGCCGCCACGACCUCUCCGGCGUUCAUUGCAGGGUCUUGAUCCACGAAUGACAGCGAACCUGUUCACAAAUGCAAUCUGCAUUGGAGAGAAAUUAGUAAACGAUGAGGAUUGCUUUGUGCUAAAGCUCGAAGCGAAUCCAUCAACACUAGAAGCAAGGAGCAACGGCAAUGUAGAGAUAAUUCGCCACACAGUUUGGGGAUACUUUAGCCAAAGAACAGGACUUCUUGUUCAACUAGAGGACUCCCACCUUCUAAGAAUAAAGACAUCUAAGAGUGAUAGCAUCUUCUGGGAAACAACCAUGGAGUCCCUAAUCCAAGAUUACCGAACAAUAGACGGUGUUAACAUCGCACAUUCCGGUAAGACUUUAGUCUCAUUGUUUCGAUAUGGGGAAAACUCCGAGAGCCAUUCAAGGACGCGUAUGGAAGAGGUUUGGUCUAUCGAAGAGAUCGACUUCAACAUCAAGGGAUUGUCGAUGGACUGUUUCUUACCUCCCGCGGACUUAAAGAAAGAGGAUGAAGGAUUCACUGGGGUAACACCAAAAAACAUAAAACCAGUUACUAAAACGCAGUUUAUUGCGAAGGCGGCUGCUAACACAAGGGUUAACACAGCCAAGGUUGCUUCUGUUGACGAUCAUCAUCCAGAGAAUCUGGAUCAUGGAACAGAAAGGAUGUGAUACAUAAGUUUUGUGCAUAUGAAGAACAAUGUUUCCGCGUCUUAGUGUAAUGUACAACCAUGACUAAAUACAGUACUUAGGAUUGCUCAUCAUAAUUUGAGCAUCUCAAUUGUAUAGUUCGUCGGAUAUUGUUUUAGUCACGACUGUACGUACAUAAGCGAUUUUAGCUGCUAGCUAAUAUACCAUUAUACUACUAUUGAUUUCCGAUACAAAUGGCUUUCUUUUAAGGCUUGUGUUUUUAUAGAGUCUUGGCCUCUCGGAAUUAAUGUGAUGUUUAAUUUGCA